CUGAAAAUGUUAGAGGACCUUGCAACAGACGAUUUGAAGAUCGAUGGAAACUAUGGCCAUGCCAAUCAGAGCAUCGAGGAUCGCCGAAGACAGGAGGCACAUUACUUCAAGCUUUAUAGCCGCAUCGAGAUACACGAAUGGCUGUUGAAGGACUCUGUGCAAAUUAAAGCCUAUCGCGAGGCCAUCCUGCACAACGAGUUCUUUAGGCACAAGAUCGUGCUGGAUGUGGGCUGCGGCAUGGGCGUCCUUUCGAUGUUCGCAGCCAAGGCGGCUGCCAAGAAGGUCCUGGCCGUAGACGCGGCCACCAUUUCGGACUACGCCCAACAGGUAGCCCAGGAUAAUGGAUUCGGCAGUGUUAUAACGGUGAUCCGCGGAAAAGUGGAGGACACUGAACUGCCCGAUGACAUCGACAAGGUGGAUAUCAUAGUGUGCGACUGGAUGGGCCACUGCCUGUUCUCUGGCAACAUGCUGGAGUCGGUGAUUUUUGCGCGGGACAAGUGGCUGUCCGCCGAGGGCCACAUCUAUCCGGACACGGCGCAGCUUUAUCUGGCGGCCAUCAAGGGACGGGACCAGGAUCUUGGCUACUGGCACGAUGUGCACGGCUUCGACCUGUCGGCCAUCCGGCGCAGAUGCGAGUCCAAGGCGGUGGUGGAGCACGUGACCGGUGACCAGCUGAUGAGCCGGGUGUGCCUGGUCAAAUCGCUGGAUCUGUACACGGAGCGGCGGCAAUCCGCCAAGUUUCGUUCGCUGUUCGAGCUGAAGGUCAUGCGAAAUGGCUGGGUUCACGCCCUGGUGGCCUACUUUGAUGUCGGAUUCAGCAAGAGCACCCACAGGAUCAGCUUCAGCACCUCGCCCUGUGCACCGUGGACGCACUGGAACCAGACGGUCUUCUACCUGGAGACGCCACUGCCAGUGAGGGCGGGUGAGUACAUCAAGGGCGUGUUCACCAUGAGGGCCAGCGCGGAGAGCAUCUUCGACAUGGAGUUCGACAUCUAUGUGGACUUCGAUGGCAGGGAGAAGUCGGUCACCAUCCAUCAGUCCUUUGUGCUCUCCAAUCCCCUCACGCUGUGUUGAGCCUGCUGCAAAAGUGGAACACAAAAUAUCGCAGGAUCACGAUAAAAUGAACGACCGGUAAAACAAAGUAAAAGCCAGCCACAUUGCCUGUGUGCAAUAUUUAUAUAAUUUUAUUGUGUGUAGGCACACAUAAAAACAUCUCUAUGCCAGAAUUCCGUUGCACACAUGUGCUGGAGAUUCAGGACAGAGCUGCGGACUCAAUAACUUUGCAACACCCUGAAUCCAGAAAAAAGGUGGUACUUUUUAUGCAGCAAUCUAUUUUCAACUCCA